AUGCCACAAAAUUCAUCAUCUACCUAUUAUCAAAGUGUAUCAUCAAGGACAACAUCUCGACAACGUUCGACAACAAAAUCUAGUUCUUUAGCUGAUUUUGAUGAAUUUAGUGAAAAUUUAAAACGUGCUGCUUUAAUAUUAGCAGGUAUUGCACUUUGUCUUGGUAUUUUUCGUGUAUGUUUAAUGUUGUGUAAAUCUCGAUCUCGAAAUAAUUCAAUUUCUGAUCAUCAUUUACCUCCUACUCGAUCGAAUGUAUCUACUAUUGAACAGCAUCAAUUUAAACCAGAUUUACCACCAGAAUAUGCUGAAGCUAUAGCUAAUAUAGAACAUGAUAGUAAUAAAUUACCAUCUUAUGAUGAAUUACCAUAUGAUCAACGACAAGAACAACAUGUAUAUAAUAAUGAUGGAUUUAUUUCAACACAAAUGUAA